GUGUAGCGUGGGCCGUGUGUGUGUGUAUGUCUACUACUGAGUGUGCCUCUUGUGGUACAAGUGUGUGUUUUUAUUUUUGUGUUCUUCAUGGUGAUACAGCAAAAACAGUCUUUGAGUUUAAGUCAUACUUUUUGUGGUGAAGUUAAAUUGAGGAUUUAGAAUGGCUGACUUCGAACAAGAAGAGGGGGAUUUAACUAUAGAUCCGUCUGAAGUUAUUCAAGUAAUCGAACUCAAUGACGAUGGCGAUGGAUCAGGGGAUCCUUCUAAUGUAAAUGAUGACUCUGGACUCUCAGAUGAAGAUGCUGAUGAGAAUGAAGAAAUGGACACAGAUGAAGCAGCUGCUGGACCCGUGCAGGAUGACUCCGCUCUCACUUUUCUUGGUCAUCACAAUGAUGCAGUAAUUUGUACUGAGAUCAGCCCAGUCAACAGUCAUUUAGUCAUCACAGGAGGACAAGAUGACCAAGCCUUGGUUUGGAACAGUCGUGAUGGAUCAGUUAUGUUCCAGUGCACUGGCCACACAGACACUGUUGUCAGCGUAGGAUUCAGUUUUGACGGCUCAUUUGUGGCUACAGCUGACAUGAAGGGUAUGAUAAAGGUGUGGAAGGUGGAAACUGGCACUGAAGUCUGGUCUUUUGAGGUCUCUGAUAUUGAAUGGCUUCAGUGGCACCAGGCUGCUCCUGUUCUUCUUGUUGGGACCAAAGAAGGGCAGGUCUGGAUGUGGAAAAUCCCCUCUGGUGACUGCAAGACAUUUGUCGGCUAUGGGCCUUCGGCAUUGUGUGGACGCAUUUUGCCUGAUGGAAAGAGAGCUUAUGUUGGCUAUGAUGAUGGAGCAGUGAAGGUUUGGGACCUUAAAUCUACUGAAGCGGUGUUCACAGUAUCUGGACAUGACGGACACAAGGAACCUGUUUUUUGUAUGGAUCACAACAAUGAUGGUUCCUUGAUCAUGUCUGGCUCUGGAGACAUGACUGUGAAAAUAAUCAGCACAGUGAAUGGAAAGGUUGUAGCCACUCUCAAGUGUACAGAAUCUGAUGGUGAUGAGGAUUCUGUGGAGACUGUGGGGUUCUGUAAAACGCAUGAGUAUGUGGCCACUGGCACUCUGAGUGGUAACCUGGAGAUUUGGAACCUGCCCUCCAAGUCUGUGAGGCACAGAUGUGAUCAUCCGUAUGGCAUCGUGAAGCUCCGCUGGUCUGCGUCCUCCCCUAUUCUCUACACUGUAUGCCUUGAUGGCUGCGUACGGCAGUUUGAUGGACGCAAUGGUCAGCUAAUGAGGAUGUGGCAGGGUCACUCUGCAGGCAUUUUGGAUUUUGACAUAGCCAGAGACGAGUCAUUCAUUGUUACUGCUUCCGAUGACUUCACGGCCAAAGUAUUUUCUCUCGCUGAUGCACCGAGAUAACAUUGCCAGUCGUUGGGUGUCUUGGAAAUGUAUAGCUCAGUGUACAGUGUGACUGGAGAUGUAUGAAUAUGAAAUUGUGAUGAAGGAAUAAAAAAAACUUUGUGUGAAGAAUAUU